AUGGGGGAAGAAAAAGGAAAUAAGAAGCAGAAAAUUGCAGAGAAAGCAGAAGAUGAGGAAAACAACAACUUUGAUGGAAAGCAGUUGGUUCUGUGCAUUGAAAAAUUGCAAGACAUACAAGACAAGCUCGAGAAGAUUAAUGAAGAAGCAAGGGAUGAAGUGUUGAAAAUAGCUCAAAAGUUCAGUCAGAUCCGCAAGCCAGUCUAUGAGAAGCGAAAUGAUAUUAUUAAAACUAUUCCUAACUUCUGGUUGACGGCAUUUUUAAGACACCCUAUUCUCGGUAAUCUUGUUAGUACUGAAGAGGACCAUGAAAUUUUUAAGUAUCUAAGUUCUAUCGAAGUGGAAGACGCUGAAGAUUUUAAAUCGGGUUAUACCAUCACCUUCUACUUCAGUCCAAAUCCCUUUUUUGAAAAUACAAUGCUGUCGAAGACUUAUACUUUCCUGGAAGAUGGACGACCUACAAAAGUUACUGCUUCCGCAGUACAAUGGACAGAAGGCAUUGGAGUUGCUCCCCUUGCUGAGGAAAGCUUCUUUUUGUGGUUCAGUGGUGAAGUCGAUCAGAAGUAUGAUGAAGUUGCUGCGAUGAUCAAGGAUGAGCUAUGGCCGAACCCUCUAAAUUAUUUCAAUGAAGCUGAUGAAGAAAAAGAUCUUCAUGAGGCAGAUGAAAGCAGUAAUGAGGUCGUAAAGGACAGUGAAAAUGAUGGCGAUGAGGAGGCCGAUGAAGCUGAUAAAAAAGAUGUUGAGGCUGCAGACGAAGAGGUAGUGAAGGACAGUGAAAAUGAUGGUGAGGAGGCCGGUGAAGAGGAUCUUGAGGCUGCAGGCGGAAGUGGCAAUGAGGUAGUAAAGGACAGUGAAGAUGACUAUGAGGAGGCUAAUGAAGAGGAUCUUGAGGCUGCAGACAAAGCUGGUGACGAGGGAACGGAGAGUGAAGGCUCUUAUGAUGACUAUGAUCUAGGAGGAUGAUAAUGAAGAUAUGACGAAGCCAAAUUAACUCCUUUACAUACAGCAACUCCUCUUUCUGAGUUCGAUCUCGUCUUCAAAUAUUUUCUUGAAUAAGUUUUGUUUGGUGUUUUUGAUGUAGCUUUAGAUGUUUG